CAAUUCUCCAUCUUCAUAUUUCCAUCAUCCUGUUAUAUUGACUGUACUUAGAUCACACAACAACGACAGCGACAACUAUCAACCAAUCUACCUCACCCCACCAUCACCACCACCAACAUACCAACUACGCCACACGCAAGAUGAGUUCAUCUCUGGACCAGCUGAAGGCGUCGGGAACCGUCGUCGUCUCCGACUCGGGCGACUUCGCCUCCAUCGGCAAAUACAAGCCUCAGGAUGCCACCACCAACCCUUCUCUGAUCCUCGCCGCCUCCAAGAAGGCCGAGUACGCCAAGCUGAUAGACGUUGCCAUCGCCUACGCCAAGGAGCAGAAGAGCAGCGAGGAUCUCGACACACAGGUUGACGCUGCCCUGGACCGUCUCCUGGUCGAGUUCGGCAGGGAAAUCCUACAGAUCAUCCCCGGCAAGGUCUCCACUGAGGUCGACGCCCGCUUCUCCUUUGACACCAAGGCCAGCGUUGACAAGGCGCUGCACAUCAUCGAGCUCUACAAGGAACAGGGCAUCCCCAAGGAGCGCAUCCUGAUCAAGAUUGCCUCCACCUGGGAGGGCAUCAAGGCUGCCGAGAUCCUGCAGCGAGACCACGGCAUCAACUGCAACCUGACCCUGAUGUUCAGCUUGGUGCAGGCCAUCGCCGCCGCUGAGGCUGGCGCCUUCCUCAUCUCCCCCUUCGUGGGCCGCAUCCUCGACUGGUUCAAGGCCCACACCAAGAAGGAGUACGGCAAGGAGGAGGACCCCGGUGUCGCCUCGGUCAAGAGCAUCUACAACUAUUACAAGAAGUUCGGCUACAAGACCAUCGUCAUGGGUGCCUCUUUCCGCAACACCGGCGAGAUCACCGAGCUCGCUGGCUGCGACUACCUGACCAUCGCCCCCAACCUGCUCGAGGAGCUCUCCAACGCCCAGGAGGCUGUGCCCAAGAAGCUUGAGGCUGCCUCCGCCAGCAGCCUUGACCUCGAGAAGAAGACGUACAUCCAGAGCGAGGCCGACUUCCGCUUCGACUUCAACGAGGACCAGAUGGCCGUCGAGAAGCUGCGCGAAGGUAUCAGCAAGUUCGCUGCCGAUGCCGUCACCCUGAAGGACAUCCUUAAGAGCAAGCUGAGCGCGUAAAAGGGACAAAAAGGGAAGGAAGGAAGAAUCGGAAAGACUAAGAACGGAAUAAGAACCCCAAUGAAGACUGGACAUGGGUGGGGACAUGUAAGGGAGACUGGAAGAUAGCGUGCAUAGAAAUUCAGUAAACAAUCACCUACCUAA